AAGUUAUCUAUUGUGAACAAACAAUAAUUUAAGAUUCUUUUAAAUUCCAAGAACUGCAGCUUGUUUGCUCACCUUUAUUUUUAUGGGGAGGCAUAAAUUUUUGUUAAUCAUUUUUCUAAUUUCUAUUCAUUUAAAUAUUACGCUUGAAAUCUUACAUAAUAAACAGCUUAAUCAAAAUGAAAAUCAGCAAAAUAAAGAUGGACCAAAUGGAGCACCCUUUAGUCCAAGUUCAAUGCAAAAGAUCCCAUCAAAUUUAGUUUCAUCAAGGCAUCAACUAUAUAAUGGCAACCAAAAAAACAGUAAAAAGUUUGAUAAAACUUUUUCUCAAAAUAAAACAUUUUCUCAAAAUAAAACAUUAUCUAACCUUUAUAAAGAAUCAUUUAACAUACAAAAACAGAAUAAAAGAUUGCAAGCGAAUAUUUUGCAAGGUUUUCUAAGUGAAAUAGCUUCGAAUAAAAAGAAAAAGUUUUAUGUAUUUUUCAAUCAAACUGUACCCACAAAAACUAAGUGUACCAUCGUAAAACACCAAAAAAAACAUAAAAUAAAAUGCGUCAGAAAGCGCAUAUCAACUGCUCAUAAAAAAAUAAUACAGUUAAUGAAUGAAAUAAAAAGUAAUCAGAAAGAAUCCUCAAAAGACAUAAAGAAACAAGAAGCUAACACUCAUAAAAUUAACAAGGAGUUAUCCAAAACACUAAAGAAGUUACAUCCCCACACAGAGCAUCUCCAUACGGUAUUCAAAACUAAAGAUCAUCACGGUAAACCAUUUCAGGAUCGUGGAGUCUUGUCAAAAACUCUUUCAAAUGACACCACAAUCCCACUCAAUCUUUCAAUAAAAGAUUUGAGUUUAAAGGAAAAGUCAAAAAUAAAGCAUAAAGUUGAAACACACGAAUAAUAAGAAUUUUCGAUAUAAUUCGAUAAAACAAAAUCAAAAACAAAAACAGUGAAAAACAACUGCUCUGAUUUAAUUAAAAAGUUUUUUUUUUUUGUAGUUUUAUUUUUUAUUUAACUUUUUAGUUUAUUUUUUUCGAAUACUAUAUAUACAUCAAUGAAAAAUUGAUAAUUAUUAAAAUCUUGAAAAAUACAAACAUUAAAAUCCUUGCUUUAAACUAUUAAAGGUUAAUGUUAAAUGUCAUUUUCAGUUCAUAAUUGUAAAAACUAAAUGACCUAAAUAAGUGUAUGAUUAUAUGAACUAAUAGCAUAAAAAUUAUAUUUUCCAUUAAAGAUUAUGUCAAAUGAUUGUCUUUAUGAUUUAAUAUUUAUUUUGUUAUGAUUUUGAUCAUUAUUGUAAUCUUUAUUAUAGAUUUAUUUUUUUGUACAGAAAGUGGGUUAGCUAUGUCAACCUAAAAGCUCUCUCAUUUUAAGGGAAGUCCAUUCAUAUUACCUAUAAUGCUUAAAUAUGUUUGGAAAAAAAAGUUUCAAAAAUAAUUAUUGAUGUUAAUCAUGAUUUCAAAAAGUAAAGUUUAUAGA